AGAACUGAGAACUUCCAUCCUACUUGUCCCCAGGCUCGCGUGAGGAUAAUUACUGUAGCAGUUGUAGACCCCGAACAAGACAUAUAGCGCUUCACUUUCUUCUUUCUACUUUUCCUCGCGAUACAGAAUCGAAGAAAACAAAGCAUGGCGUCAACCACUUCGGCGGCCGCUGGCGGCACGCAAGAUGCCAUGUGUGUUCAGCUAACAAACGACAGCUCCAUCGUGUCCAAGGCCUCCACCGUGCGCUUCGGGUAUUUCAAAGAUCCCUGGGUUGAGUACUUCGCGUUCGAGGAAGUAGGGGCAGCAACGCGGCCGGCGAAGGCGGCCUCACCCCCCGGUGUCGUGUCUACUCCGGAGAAUCGCGGGACGCAAAGAGGCAGCAAACGCAGUACGCAGCACAAACGUAGUAGCGCAAAUAAACCGAGGCCCGAUAUUACGGACAAAGAUGCCGAAGCGGAGGAAGGGUCAAGAAAAGAGCAAAACAAGGAAGGAGGCCUGGAUUCGUGGGAACCUUCAAGCGGCAGCAGCCCGCGCACCGAAGACAAGCGCUCGGCGGGAGUAGCGCGUCGCCAGUGCCCGGCAGCUGGAGCUGCAUCCUCGUCUCCGACCACGAAGAAUAGAACCGAAACGCCUACUGGAACCUCAAGCCACGACCUGGUGGCCCCCGGCGCGGAACAAAAAGCGCUCGUCGUACCGAAGGGCAAACAAGCCACCGCGUCGUCCGUCCCGAAGGCACCCAACCUGACUGGCGCACAAAGCAUCAAACGGCGGGCACCGCUGAUCCACCGAGGCUACGCGAUCCGGUACGAGCUUGUGGAGCGCACGGUGCGCAGGUUUAUCGACUUUUACCCGGACACGUAUCAUUUGUAAAAACGUCCCCACCCCAGAGUCAAGCUGGGGAUUCUGCAACACAAACCUCGAAGUUUUGGGAGCCACGCAUGACAAGUUGCAGGCUGUAGUGUAAUGCAGUUUAGCAAGGGAAGCCGCAUAGCAAAUCCAUCUCCCGACCCUGUUUACAGCAUUACAAGUUCCAAAAUACGCUGGGAAAUGCCUCUCAUGGGGAUGCGCAUUACAAAUGCUCCUGCGCAUGCAGAUCUGCAUGACAACUCUGGGGUUGGAUGUGGGCGUGAAACUGUUGGCAAAAGGACUAAGUGUUGGCGCGAAAAGUAAGGCUGGUUGUGAGACAAGUAUGGUUGGUUGCGAAUCUCCAGGUAGUUUAUGCGUGAUCCCAGGUUUUCCGACUGAGCACUGUUUUGCAUGCGUCAGGAAAACCGCCUUGGGUGCUGUUGCACUUGAGGACGUGUUAUAUGUCUCGGGCGCACGUACAUACUAGCCUGCAGGGACGGCGGAGCCGGAAAAAAAUUGCGAAUAAGUGAGGAGUAUGGCAGGUUGCGAAAAGUUGGUUAGCGGCCGGGAGAUGAUGGUGAUGGCACUUCGGUGUCCGCCUGACCUACCCCCCCUGCGUGUCAAGCCAUCUGCGGCCUGGGGCAGAGGGGGGGGCAAAGUGUGCUGCAAUUCCUUUAGCAUGACAACUCUGGGGUGGGGAUGUUUUUACACAGGAUAACACGGCAACGCAGAUCAUCGUUCUCGGGGCAGGGUUCGACACACUGUACUGGCGGUUGCACCACCGAAACACAGACAGCACCAGCACCGAGGCAGAUAUAACAACCUUCCCAAAGAACUACGACCGAACUCGGAUUGGUGCGUUCGUUGAGCUGGAUUUUCCGGACCUCCUCACGCGCAAAAAAGAGAUUAUGGCUCGGAACGCCCACGCGUUUCCGCCUCCAGAGCACGAUAACGCAAGAACAAGCGCGGAUCAUGACCCUCCAUCCCCCCCAAAAGCAGGCCCCCGCCCCUGCGCCCAACUACUGCUUGGCUGCGACCUCACCGAUCGGCAGGAGGUGCGCAGGCGGUUGGCGCCGUUCGCCGCCGCAAACCGGCCGACAUUGGUGCUCGCCGAGGUGGUGCUGUGCUACUUGCCGACCGACGAGGCCGACGCGGUCGUGCGCACCGUAGGCAAGAUCUUCGCGGAGAGCUCCGCGCCCCACACGGUUCUGUCCUACGAGCAGGUGCUGCCGCACACGAAUUUUGGGCUCGUGAUGGACGCGCACUUCCGCAAGCGAGGAAGCCCGCUGUUUGCCUACCACCGGUACCCGACCCCGGUGGCCCAGGCCGAGCGCUUUCUGCACCAAGGGCUGCAAUUCGCCGGUUGCCGAACGCUGCUGGAGUUUCUGUACGACGCGGAAAAUAGAGACGUGCUGGAACGGUGGAAAACAAUCGAACCCUUCGACGAAUUUGAAGAGUGGCACGCAAAGCUCCAGCACUACGUGCUCAUUGCCGGCGGGAACGACCGGUCUGCGCUCGCGAGAAUCAUGCUGAACCAAGGAACAGCAGCAGCUAGUGGUCCUAGCAACGAAGUAGAAACGAAACCGACGUGUUGGAAACGAUUGCGAGAUGUACAAGCCGAGCAGUCCUUGUCCUCCAUCUCGGUCUCCCGUGCGAGCGGACGCGCGUUCCCCUGCUCCUUGGGAGCGCGGUACGGCUCCGCGGUGUGGUUCGAUCGGCAGAGGAAAGCUUUCUGCUUGCAUGGCGGUUUCGGCAAGACUGCAGCGGGUAAUCACCAGCGACUGAACAGUGUGGCAAUGGUGUGUGUGGCGGAGGAUCAUAGUGGUUGCACUACUAGUAGCGCAGGUGUGUUAUUUCCCCACCAGGACACGACGGUUAGUGUUUUGCACAGUGGCGGGAGUGCUGCUCCCUCUCAUAAAAAUCCGGCGCCGGGUGCGGCAGCGAUGGCCUGCCCCAUGGGAGCGAGCGCGGUGGUGCUAGACGACUUCGCAUCUCCGGCGGGCUCUGCAACGUCCUCGAAUAAAGUGCUAGUACUUGGAGGCCGCACUAGUCCGUGGAAGCCGUCGCUUCAGCACCAGGGAACAACGAAAACGUCAAGGAGAGUCAUGGCGCAACAACUUCUCAGCAUCCACGAAACCGACGACGGGAAAAACAACUUUGUUGCCUGCAGUGACGAUGCGGCUCUACUACAGCCUUGUGCUCUCGAGGAUCCCCCGCCCACCGCGGCGGAAAAUGAGCCCCGCUUUGCCACCGAGGCCGAGGGUCCACCAGGUAUCUAUCGCCACGCCACGCUGGUUCGGCGGAGGGGCAGUUGCGAACAAGAUAAUCUGUCUUCUUCGACUCGGCACGAAGUUUUUGUGUUCGGUGGCAGGGGCGAGCACGGGGCGGCAUCAAACGAGAUCUGGCGUGGGAGAAUCGAAAAUCGACCCGGGGUAGUAGCUGUAUCUUCCGACACGGCAAGAUCCUCCAACGAAAAGGAGGAGGAAAACACAGGAGAACUGGGAACAACGACGAACACUUUCAUCCAAUGGCGGAAGCUUCCGUUCACGCUUCCGACCGCGCGGCACAGUCUCUCCUGCUGCUGGGGCCCAAACGGAGGGGCGUACCUGUUUGGUGGCCUGGACGGAGCGGAAAACUGGCUCGGUGAAGUGUUGUUUAUUCCGGAUGAGGCACUGGGAAUGGAUAUGGAAAGGAUAGAACAAGACGUCACAAGCUCUAGUUCAGCCUCUUUUAGCCCGGUGCAAAUCUUGAGCGAUUCCUUGAUGACGGCUGCGCGUGAACAGCUUUGCAAUGACGCCGGGACGAUGGUACCCCCGCCCUCGGUCCUUGCCGGGAUUUACGGCUGUCCUGUCCUACCCUGCGAGAGGCGAAAUGCGCCGUCGCGGGAGAGCAGCCAAGCGGACGGCAUCCCGCCAGAUAAUGAUAAAUCAGGGAGGAGGACCUCCUCUGGCGCACUGAUUGUGGGCGACUGCUUGGUGUCAAAGAGCGAGAACAGCAGUGCUGAAAUUCCCCUGUUCUUUUUUUCUUUCGAACAGUGCGAAAUCACGGACAUCAUCACCUUGCAGAUCGAUGAAAAAAGCCAGAAUUCUACCAAGCUUCAACCCGACUGUAACUUUCUCUGCAUGCACCACUCCGCGAGCUUGGAUGGAGGGAAGUUGCACCUGGUCGGCGGGGGCGGAAACUUGUUCAGCUUUGGCACGCACCUGAACCACGUCCGGCUGCAGGCAGAUUUGGGCGUUUUGGGAUAUUAUUCCGAAUAAAUGCACCAGAAAACUCGAAUAAUUUUUGGGAAUAAAGAAGAGAAAAAA